AGGAGGUUUAUUCUAGACUACUUUGUCAAGAUGAGCAGUUUCAUCGACUAUUAGAAGAAGCAACUACUCAGGUUGAUACUACGGAAGAUUUUUUGAACGAGAUUCUUUAAGUGAGUAAGUAUGUGGUGAAGCUACGUCGACCAGCACCUCGUCAGAAAAAGAACGACCGAAAGGCUCGACAUCAGGCCGGCUUGGUGUGAUGAACACAACAUCUUUAUACGUGACAAACUAAGCGCAAAAAUAAACAAGCCAUGCUCGUGAAUAGAGGCUUGGAGCAGUAUCCGCCACCAGGAGGACCGGGGUCGACGUCCUAUCAACUGCAAAUAUGCCUGGGUCUGGAAGGAUCCAACUUGUGAUGCUGUCUUUGGAUUCUGAUUACAAGACUAAUAAUGAUCAUUAGCGCUAUUCUGGGCCUCAGGCCCCCCCUCAGGCCCCCCCUUAGGCCCCCCCUCAGGCCCCCCCUCGACCCCUAAGGCCCCCCCUGAGGCCCCCCCUCAGGCCCCCCAUGAGGCCAAAAAAGGCCCCCCCUAAGGCCCCCCCUGAGGCCCCCCCUGGGGCCCCCCCUUUUGCCCAAAGGGGGGGGGUUAGGCCCCCCCUUAGGCCCCCCCUUUUUUUCGUGUUCGCAGACGCCCAGAGCCAAAAAAGGCCCCCCCUAAGGCCCCCCCUGAGGCCCCCCCUAAGGCCCCCCCUGAUGCCCAAGGGGGGUGGGUUGGGUCCCCCCCUUAGGCCCCCUCUUUUUUUCGCGAGCGUUCGCAGACGUCUGGCACAGAACAUAAAGCCAGGCAGAUCAUCGCCGACCAUUUCUUUGACGCAGGCAGCGACCGAACAAUCCCGGGCGGCGCCACGCGCUGUCUACCUUGGCUGGUCCGCCGGUUCUCAUUCUGAUUGCGGGCGGGGCCGCUUUGGUUUUGGACACAAUAAACAAAGUCACGAAGUGAGUCCUUGGCUUUGGCUUCAUAUUUUGGCUACCGCCCCGGCUUUGUCCUUUGAUUUUAAUUACUGGCGGGGCCGCUUCGGAAUGCAUGACACGCAUGCCCUGUAGCCCUCCUGGACAAUGCUAUGCGCUGCGCAGUCGAAGGCGCCGGCAAGGCUCUUCGGAAUGCUUUUCGUUUUCUACCGAAAAGCCGAACGGGAUACGAGGCCCUUCCUGAGGCCCCUCUAAGACCCCCCCUUUGGCCAGUCCGGAAGGGCCCUCGCUCCCUCGGGCGUUCUGCCCUGACGGUUUGCUUGCUUUGCUUGGAGGCCCGCUAAGCGAGCCCCGGCGCCGGCAAAUGCCCGAGCCUGAGGCCCCCCGGAAGGCCCCCCCGCUGGAACAGGAGCCCUGAGGCCCCCCGGAGGCCGCCCCGGAGGCCCCCCCCGGCAGAGGCCCCCCCGGAGGCCCCCCCUUUGGUCAGCCCGGAGGGGCCCUCCUGUCUUCUGCCCUGAAGCUUUGCUUGCUUUGCGUGAAGGCCCGCCGGGCGAGCCCCGGCGCCGGCCAAUGCCCGAGCCUGUGGCCCUAUUCAUUGACAGCCCUGAGGCAUCCCUGCGGCCCCCCCUACGGCCCCCCCCAAUGGCCCCCCCUAAGGCCCCCCCUUUGGCCAGCCCGGAAGGGCCCUCGCUCCCUUGGGCCUUCUGCCCUGAAGUUUUGCUUGCUUUGCUUGAAGGCCUGCCAAGCGAGCCCCGGCGCCGGCACUCACAUGCCCGAGCCGGAGGCCCCCCGCAAAGCCCCCCCGAACAGAAGCCCUGGGCCCCCCCCAUGGCCGCCCCGGGGGCCCCCCCCCGAAGGCCCCCCCUGUGGUCAGCCCGGGAGGGCCCUCGUGUCUUCUGCCCGGAAGCUUUGUGUGCUUUGCGUGAAGGCCCGGCCCGCCAAGCGAGCCCCGGCGCGCGCCGGCAAAUGCCCGAGCCUGCGGCCCUAUUGAUGACAGCCGUGAGGCCUCCCGCAUGGGCCCCCCCCCCAAGGCCCCCCCUGAGGCCCCCCCUUUGGCCCCCCCUUUGGCCCUCGCUCCCUCGGGCCUUCUGCCCUGAGGCUUUGCUUGCUUUGCUUGAAGGGCUGCCAAGCGAGCCCCGGCGCCGGCACAUGCCCGAGCCUGGGGCCCCCCGCAAAGCCCCCCCGAACAGAAGCCCUGCGGCCCCCCGGAGGCCGCCCCGGAGGCCCCCCCUCGCCCUGCCCAGGCCCCCCCUUUGGCCAGCCCGGAAGGGCCCUCGUGUUUUCUGCCCUGAAGCUUUGCUUGCUUUGCGGGAAGGCCCGCCAAGCGAGCCCCGGCGCCGGCCAAUGCCCGAGCCUGUGGCCCUAUUGACAGCCCUGAGGCCCCCCCUAAGGCCCCCCCUGAGGCCCCCCCUAAGGCCCCCCCUAAGGCCCCCCCUAAGGCCCCCCCUGAGGCCCCCCCUGAGGCCCCCCCUUUGGGCAGCCCGGCAGGGCCCUCACCCCCUCGGGCCUUCUGCCCUGGUGCUUUGCUCGCUUUGCUUGAAGGCCUGCCAGGCGAGCCCCGGCGCCGCCACAUUCCCGAGCCAGCCCGAGGCCCCCCGCCCGCAAAGCCCCCCCGAGCCGAAGCCUUGAGGCCGCCCCGGAGGCCCCCCCUAAAGCCCCCCCCUUUGGCCAACCCGGAAGGGCCCUCGUGUCUUCUGCCCUGAAGCUUUGUUCGCUUUGCGUGAAGGCCCGCCAAGCGGGCCCCGGCGCCGGAAAAUGCCCGAGCGGGCGGCCCUAUUGACAGCCCGGGGGCCCCGCCAAAGGCCCCCCUAGGGCCCCCCUUGAGGCCCCCCCUUUGGCCAGCCCGGAACCCCUCGCGCCCUCGGGCCUUCUGCCCUGAAGCUUCCCUCUGCUUGAAGGCCUGCCAAGCGAGCCCCGGCGCCGGCUCAAUCAUGCUUGAGCCGGAGGCCCCCCGCAAAACCCCCCCGAUGGAACAGAAGCCCUGCGGCCCCCCUGCGGCCGCCCCGAAGGCCCCCCCCCGCCCGGCCGAGGCCCCCCCCUCUGGCCAGCCCGGAAGGGCCCUCCCUGUCUCGCUCCCUCGGGCCUUCUGCCCUGGAACUUUGCUUGCUUUGCUUGAGGGCCCGCCAAGCGAGCCCCGGCGCCGGCAAACGCCCGAGCCUGAGGCCCUCAUGACAGCCCGGAGACCCCCCCUAAGGCCCCCCCGAAGGCCCCCCCGGAGGCCCCCCCCGAGGUCCCCCCCGGAGGCCCCCCUAAGGCCCGCCCGGAAGGGCCCUCGCUCACUCGGGCCUUCUGCCCUGACGCUUUGCUUGCUUUGCUUGAAGGCCCGCAGAGCGAGCCCCGGCGCCGGCAGAUGCCCGGGCCUGAGGCCCCCCGCGAGGCCCGCCCGAACAGAAGCCCCGGGGGCCCCCCCGACCGAGGCCCCCCCCAUUGGCCGGGCCGGGCGGGCCCUCGCUCCCUCUCCCGGGCUUUCUGCCCUGAGCCUUUGCUUGCUUUGCGUGAAGGCCCGCCAAGCAAGCCCCUGCGCCGGCCAAUGCCCGAGCCUGAGGCCCUACCGGCAGCCCUGCGGCCCCCGGGGGGAAGGCCGCCCCGGAGGCCCCCUCUAAGGCCCCCCCUUUGGCUAGCCCGGAAGGGACCUCGCUCCCCCGGGCCUUCUGCCCUGGAGCUUUGCCUGCUUUGCUUGAAGGCCCGCCAAGCGAGCCCCGGCGCCGGCUUCUUUUGCGUAGUUGCUGGGCGGAGGGGCGCCAAAAGAUAUUUCUGCUUUUCUUUUGAGUUGGCACACGGCCAGAACGAAGCCCAACCACUUCGGCCCGCCCGUCCCUUGCCUUGGUGCGUUUUUACUCGGCCGCCGCCCCUCCAUCGCCCGGCCCCCCCCAUCGAUCGUCAUCCCGCGGCUGACGCCUUCGAUAGAUUAGCGCGCGCAUGAUCGGGCGCAGCAACUGAAGUCCCCACGCCCCGGAGGUGUUCUGGGUGUAGAAAUAGGGCCGGGCCACCACAGUACGAACGCAAAAGCCCGGCGAAUGUCUGCACCACGACACUCACUUGCCCCAUCGCCGGGGCCGCAUGAUCAGCGGGGCCGCUUCGCAGUGUUGUUAGGUAGUUUAUCACGCACCGGAGACGGCGCCUCGACUUGCCUGAGCCUUUGGGUCGCCACAUUUCCGCUCCGCUUCCGCUGUGCAGGUGUCAGAAGGCCUGUCGGCUUCUUACUUCAGAGCUGGCAGGCAGCUGCUCUGUGUGUACCCGAGGCGCCUUUCUGCUUUCUGUCUACAGCUGCUGCCCCUACAACUUUAUGUAGCGCGCGCACUGAUCUCCUGUCGCGCUACUCUUCCUGAGCGCUACCCCUGCCCCGCCCUUCCUCCUUCCCAGGAAGCCCAGCCCAACAAUCCUAAUGAUCAUGCUUAUGCAAAAAAAUCAAGUUCAAGAAAGGGUCGCCCUUCAGGGCGACCCGUUUUCUUGUAAAAUUAAAAUCUGUAUUGCAUGACUAGCAAGAGGAGUCCAGUUUAUGCCAUGUGGAGAACGGAGAGGGCAUUUCCAUUUCUCAUGCGGAAUAGGCAUCGGGAAGCCCUUCUGUGACGGUAGGCCAUGAAUUACAGGCGUCAUGGGUCAUGAUGCAGAGUAUGCAUUACAAACCUGGCAGCCUUCCAGACCCAGACAUAUUUGCAAUGCAUACGUCCUCUCCGACCGGCGCGAUGGAACAGACUACGACCAUUUCCCCCACCCGGACGGCCGCCUACGGGAUUAAACGCGACGUAAAGCGUGUGAACCCGGUUGCGCACGAGCAUGUGGAGGAGAUCGAGAAGCUACUGUUAACGGUGUCGAGGGAAUUCCCAACGAUCGGCUACACGCAGGGAAUGCACGAGGUACUGAUGUUCAGUUCUUCUGCAACUUCCACCAGAUGAGAAGAUGCUUUUCUUCAUCUUUUCUUCCAUCGUUGAGAUUUUCCAUAGUUCUCGUCCCAGGCGGUUGUCCGGACCACUGGAGAGUCAUGCAUUUGAUGUUCCAUUCAGAGAUGUACGUAGAUUGGCGUAGUCUUGUCAUGCAAAAGAACCUGCUGCAUCAUUCCCGAACAAAACACAACAAGGUCGCCGCCGUUCUGGUCUACCGCCAUUCUUCCAUGCACGCUCUCCCCGGUUUAUGUAUCAAAAACGUAGUUCUUGUGUUGUGUACGUAGGACAAAUAGCAUAAACUUCGCUCGGAAGUAACUCAACUUCUUAUGCUGACCAAGGUACAGAAAAGACAGUUGUCACGCGUGACGGCAAUUAUGAAAGAAUAGUACUGACGAACAAGAUACUUUGCGAUGCAUAAACCUCCCCCUUGGACGACUUCCGAACGCUGCUGAGUAACUGCGGCGAUAUAUCCUGAGUAAAAACGUACCCACACCAGAGUUGCAAUGCAGAUUUGCAAAGACAGGAAGACUUGUAACGCGCAUCCCCAUGAGAGCCAUUUCUAAUCGUGUUUUGGAAUUUGUGAUGCUGUGAACAGGAUGAGCAGGCGCAUCUGUGAUGCGGCUGCACUUGCUAACCUGCACUACACUGCAUAGUGCAACUUGUCAUGCGUGACUCACAAAAAUCCUAGGUUUGUGUUGCAAAAUCCCCAUCUUGACUCUGGUGCGGGUACGUUUUUACUCAGGAUACGAUAUGUGGCGGGACGGCAUGCCGAAAAUUCACGAGGCGGUGCUGAUUGUGAAUAACCUGCUCCACAAGCACUUACCCAGACUCCACCAUCACUGGUUCACGUCCUGUCAGCCAAAGGUGGACACGCUGUCUAUGGCGUUCUCAAACGUUACAUUUUCAACUGUUACAUGAAUUUGUGAUGCAAGAAUGGGAAAAGUGAAAGGGGGAAGGCGGCACCUGUAGCAUUACAAAUUUCGCACAGAUUUAGGUGCGGUCUAGCCCUUCGCAAAUUUGUCAUGCGAAGCAGCUUAAUCAUGAGGAUGAUGAUGGUGCUUUUGCAUGACAAAUUCAUGUAACAGUUGAGAGUGUAACGCUUGAGAACCCCAUACUGUCAAUCCUGCCGAACGGGUUGUUUUAUGCAUAAUUGUGAAAGUAGUACUAUCGCACUUCUUGCAUUACAAAAUUGCUCUGCAUGAAAAAAGAAAAUCUGGAGUUCUUUGUCAUGCUACUUCACCUUGGGAAGCAGAUUUAUCAUGCAGUACAACUAGUACGAGUGCGAUACUUAACUUUUGCAAUGCAUACACCAACCCUUUUCGUCCACUGGUUUGGGUUUGACAACGCCUGUCACCACGUGGUGUCCUUUCUCGUGAAGGAGAAGUACCCGGCUUUCCUCGCGGUUGUGCUAUGAAGGCCUCAGAAGGGAAAUCCUCAAAGUGAAAAUAGUUUGUAAUGCAAAAAAACACUCCAGUUGAAGCGCCACUUCUAGGGGGCGCAUGACAAAUUUCCCGGGCACUCAAAGCAUGUCUGUCAUGCAGGUUAAGGCAAAGGGGUGCCCUUCUCUCGUGCUAAUCAACACUCCAAUUCUUAACCCGUAGGAAGACAAUAGCCGGCCUCCAUUGCGUCCUCUGCAAUACAGUCUUUUUUGCGUCGCAUUUCAUGCAUCACAAAUUUGAGGAUUUCCAUUCUGAGGCUGUCAUAUGUGCUAGGCACGUUUGAGUACUUGGCGAACUCCGCCGGGAUUUUGGAGCGAGAUUUCGAAGAGUCCUAUCCAAGAAAAAAACGUUGUUAGUGUAAAUUUGUGAUGCGCAACAUGCAAGAUGAUUGCGUCUGUCAUGCUUGGCAUGCAUCGUAGGGUCCAUUGAAGGGCAUUUUCGCAUACUAUCUGCGCAUGACAGGUUUUUGCUGUCAUGCCAGACAAAUUUGUAAUGCUGUUCCUCCAAAAAAGUUACACCUACAAUGUUUUUUUCUUGGAUAAGUCCAUGAUUUACUUCAGUAAGGAGAUGCUGAUCCGGUUCCAGGUGUCACGUAUCCCUUGCAGAAUCAUCUUCGCUCGCACUGCAUCGAAAUUUGCAACGGCUAAACUGCACGAUAUUGUGAACAAAUGCACAUGCUCGUCAUCAUAGUACUUAUCCGCAUUUACAAAUUUCGUGCGCGUGCGCGCGCAGGUGGUUUACUUUUGCAGCAGGAUACUCCGGCAAGAAGACGUGAACAGCUACAACAAGAUGCAGAGAGUGUAUCACAGGAAAAAGUGUUAACGUCAACGAAACUUGUGAUGCAGCAAUGCAUGAUCACUAAACGAAUAAACGUGCCAAAUAAAUUUGUCAUGCAUAGCAUGCGUAUUGGGCUACAUUUGUGAUGCAUGGCUGCAAUCUGUGAAUAAAACCUUUAAAAACGUUAACACUUUUUCUUGGGAUAGAUUGCUGCAGGAAAUCAUGGACCUGGCGCGGGGGAAGUACUUGGCGAUUGCAAAAGAGGAGUUAAAAUACAGUGUGGAACCCAACCGCGAAAUUUCGCCGGCGCCGAGUGUCGCCCAGUACUCGGUGAAUUCAAAUUCGUUCGGAACAAGAGGAGGUGUAGGUCCUGGAGCCAUGGCAAAUGUGAUCCCCCUUACGGAGCAAAAUUUGUCCCAGCUACCGCUGAAGUCCAGCGUAGACACGACGCAGCCGGCUGCAGGUGCGCAAUAUGGAUUGCAAAUGUGUCUGGGUCUGGAAACUUGUGAUGCUGGGCUGUGAACAGACAAUGCCCUGUAAUGCACAGCAGAACAUAAUGAGAAAUAUGUGCUCGGCUAUAGUGCUGCGCUUUCUGCGUGACAAGCUGCGUUUUCGCAUGACAAGGACAAGGGUCUCUUGUUGGACACACAUCACAAGUGUUUCUGUCAUGCCAGACAAGCAUGAUAAGGAUAACCUUGUUGUAUCCUUCCAGACCCAGACAUAUUUGCAGUUGAUACGCAAGGAAGUGGCGCUAAUCCACGAACCACCGGACCAGGUAGUGUUCCAGGACCAGGCUCUGCAGUACCAUUAGAGCAGUCUUACCUCAUCUCUCCCCAGCAACAGCGGGAGCAGCAACGAGAGCGGGACUUGCAGCAGACCCUGCAGCAACAGCGACAACUGCAGGAACUGCAGCACCGACAAGCCGAGUUGAGUUACCAGCAAAACCGCCAGGUGCAGAUUUCCAACGAACGGCCGGAGGAACUGAGCCCGUUUUUGCAGAUCGGCGGAGCCAGGUCGAGUUCCAGCUUUCAGCAUAUGCACCGCAAAUAUGUCUGGGUCUGGAAAACUGCAACGUUUGUCAUGCACAUUUUUUUUACAUGGCCGAUGACAUGAUCCAGGGAUCAUUAUAUUUGCAACGCAUACAGCAGGAUCUACCAGCACGGUUGCCGCAGCAGCCGGCCUCGAAGGGUGGAAUGACAAUGCCGGGGACGAGUGUGAACCUAGGUAUAUUUAAAAAGACGUACCUAAUUUAAGUAUUUUGAUACUUCUGUGGUCAGCUGACAGUGCAUUGCUCACUGCUCGCCUUCCAUAUUGUCAUCAAUGCUGCAGCACGACAAGAAAAGCAAAGCAAACUCCUUCAGGUGGAGCUCCACCCCAGCAACACCCCCAUCCGUCCUCCAACAGCGUCGCUGAGACCGGUAGUGUAUGACAAUGCACAACUCCCCCUCCCCCUCAUUUGUAUAGCAUGAACGGCAAUACAAGCAUCCGCAAGAAUGUCGGUUUUGCAUGACAAAUUUGCACUGGAUUGUAGUGCUCUUUGGGCUUCCAGGAUUUGUCAUGCAAACAGUGCUACAAGGCAGCAGCUGGAUUUGGGAUUUUGCAUUACAAAGGAGUGGGAAGGGGGGUUGUGCACUUUCAUAUAGUGCGAAAGGAAGCUACUUGAUCAAACCGAAAAACUCCACGGCCUCCCGGCCCCAAGCGGACCGGCAGUACUUGGAACAACAGGUUUACGGCACCAGAGGGACGACACCACAGUCCGUACACAACAAUAACCCCACAACCUCUACUCCGAACCGCAAUCCGUAUGGCGCGUCUAAUUCCUACGCCGACGAAUUUAGUCAGGAGCAGUUACUGAACCAACGGUCGCCGUCUAUCGCAGCGGGAUAUUCCGUUACCAGCAACCCAGGCGUGGGCGUUAAUAUUUCUGCAACAUCAAUAAACAAUCCGUCACAUGGAGGCGCUGGCGGUCCUGCCACACCCUCGCAGCAGCUGCAUCAAAUGAACCUCAUAAACACUGCCGCAAGCAACAGCCGGAACACCAAUAAUUAUCCGUUUCACGCGGACGAUAGGAGAUCGGACUACAAUUUUGAUACCAGGACGAACAAAUCCGAAAAUAACCACCCUGGGUCGCAGAUUCAAUCGCAAUUGGAAACGCAGUUGCAGCGGGUGAGUGACGACAACAAUGAGAAGAGCCGGAAGAUCGCGGACUUGCAAGAACAACUGGCCCAAAUGAGGCAGCAGAAGGAAUCCGAAGUCGUGCAGCGGCUCCGGAAGGAGAGCGAACUGGCGACGAACGAGAAGGAAACGGCAGACGCGGUGAAAAGUAAUGCAGAAAUGGCCCGCGUCAUUGAGGAUCUGAACAUGAGGGAGAAGGCACUGAAGCAAAAAAUAUCUACUUAUCAAACUAUAAAAAUGUUAGCGGUAACGGAAUUUGUGAUGCAGUAACGCAUCAGAAAUAAACGGCCCAAAUUUGUAUUGCGUAGCAUGUAUGGAAAGCAAAAUUUGUAAUGAGUGACUGCCAUCAGGGAAAACCGUUAAGGUUGACACUUUUUUGCUUGAUGCUACUAUGGAAAAGGACAUAGAGCAACACCACCAGAACAUGGCCGCUGUUGCAGAGGGCAGAGCUUUAUCGAAUGCAAAAAUGUCUCGGUCUGGAAUAGUGUAACUUGUCACGCUACAUGUGGAUCGUGGAAGCAUUUGCGUUGCAUGAUUACCAAAAGAGGCCCGCUUUUGAACAAGUUUAGAGGCAGUUUCUCAUGCAGGAGCGGCAUGAUAGGGAUCUCACAGAACCUGUCAUACCAGGCCGUGCAUGGCAGACCGCGUGUGUCAUGGAAAACCUGCAUGACAAACCUACCAAUCUUCCAGUCCCAAACAUUUUUGCAUUUGAUAAGUUUCCCAGGCUAAAGGACCGGAUAUAUCGGACUACGCAGGGGAAACGGAGACACUUAUGCAUUGCAAAAGUAUCGUACUCGUAUUGCAAUCAUGCAUUACAAAUCUUUCUCUUAAGGUAAAUCAGCAUUACAAAUUUUAUCUCUCAUGCUGAGGAAAUUUGUAAUGCAUUUAUACGAGUACGAUACUUUUUCCCUGGAUAACACUGGAAAUGGUACGAUACUCAAUAAGUGGUUGUUUUCGAAUAUUGUGAAUGUAACAGUAAGUCUUUGAGAUUCGGAUGAUUUCCGGAUGAGAAUAAGAAUAACUAAAGCGGUACAAGUUGUAAUGCAAAAAAGCAAAUAUUAACGCAGGUGGAGCAAUUCCUUCGUGAGUACGACGCCGGCUGCAAGGCGGACGAAAAAAGCACCGCAAAACUUCUCCCCGACAGGAGAAGUGUCCCGUAUGCCAUGCAGGUCGUAAAAUGGACGACGGAACAGAAGCAAUUCCAUAGCAAUGGCGUGUAUGCAUCGCAAAAGUAUCGUACUCGUCAUGAAAAUCGCAUAGAAUACUAAACACUUGUUUUUUCAAAAGGACAAGCGGAACUUGUAAUGCGGAAUCAAGUAAGGAAAAAGCAAUCGACAUACGAAUGCGAUACCUUUGCAGACUUGAUAGCGUAAGCAGGUUUCACCGGCACCUGCUGAGUUUAGCACAGGAACGGAUUAUGGAGCUUUUGCCCUUCGAGGAGCAGGUAGAGGUGCGCACGGUCGAAAUCGCGGAAACCAACAGCAAACUGGCCCAAAGCUUUGAGAAAAUCCGGUUCCUGACGAACAAACUGGAGGAAAAGAAGAUGGAAUACAGCGGGGCGAGCAACGUCACGACGCUACCGAGGGAAGGUACCAGUAGUUACAACAAUAGCUGUGUUUCAUUUGUGAUGCGCUUUUCCGCUUACUGACGAGUUGUGUGAUGCAAAAACCGCAUAUCAUGUGCCGUCGGAUCAAAAGAACGUGAACGAGGACUACGACACCAAAAAAAAACAGAUGCCGUCCGUCUCACGGAGGAAAAUCAGAAUCUUCAAAACCGUAUAGCGUCCCUACAAGAGGAAAACGCGAGGCUCGCAGAUGUGGAAGUGGAGAACGUGCAGUUACAACAGGAAUAUGAAUUGCAAAAGUAUCGCACUCGUAUAAAUGCAUUACAAAUUUUCUCAGCAUGAGAUAGAAAUGUAAUGCGGAUUCACCGUAACAAAAAAGAUUUGUAAUGCAUGAUUGCAAUACGAGUACGAUGCUUUUGCACAGGAUAAGGAACUCCUCCGGUUUAAGCCCUACCCCGGGGCGGUUGGCGGGAGCACCACCAGCGCCAGUGGGGCGACCGCGGGUAACUACACGAAUAACGCCGCGAACAGCUCCCCCACUACUUACACCACUUACCACGCCACGCCGUCUGUGGCGUAUCACCUCAUUACCGGCGGGGGCGGGUCGGUCUACCUGUCGGCGGGCCCGCGGGGGUGAAAAAUCUUGUUGUGCUGGCCCUGGCAAGAGUCUCGCCAAUAAGAAAUUGAAUACUUUUUUCAAACAAAUUCAAAUGCCUUUUAACGUGACACGACUCACGAUGAUGUAUCAGAAAUACCUACUUACUUUUUACGCUUGAGUUGUGCCUAAAGAAGCCAGCACGACAUGCAUGAAUUAUCAUCGCGCAGACAAAUGCUUCGCAUGCCAGAUCUAGACAAUGACAACCAUAAGUGCCACUGACGCUUAACCUUUAGGCAUAAAAUUAAAAAUAAAUAGAAUGCAGGCAAUAAAGCCAAUCAUAGCAAUUUUCGUUUCAACUAAUAGCAUCACCAGCGCUAGCGCAGAAAAAUGUCAAAAUAGCAAAGAAAGUAUGAACUACUUUACCAAUUACGAUUCAAACGUUUCCUUAGAAGCCACGAGGUGGGCAGCAACUCAAGCAUCCUCGCGCACGACAGCAGCGGAAUUUUAUGUACAAUUAGCGUGCUGCGAUGAUUAUCCACCGAUGUGCUUGAUCUAACACUUCUAACAGAUUUUUCAGAUUUUUUGAUGUACACAAUGUUUGUAUAGGCACGAAGAAAAUAAGUACAGCAGACUAC